AUGGGCCUCCAACUUGGGAUCAUCGGAAUAGACGGCGGUGCUCUCGAGCGCCAGGACUUCGCGGAUGUAUUCGUCCCGGCCUUUCGCAGCCGCCCGUUGUACGCGAACGUCGAGGAGCUCUCCGUCUCUGCCGGGCGGGGCAUGGUACCGGUCGACCACACCCUUCUCAACAGCCUUCGCUCACUGACCGCGAUCAAUCACAUCUUCGGUGACGUCCCGGCUCGUAGGCGGGGCACAGCGCGCCCGGAUGCGCCUCGAAUCCCGAUCCUCGCGCAGGCCGGCCCAGACGGCGCGUUCGCUUGCCCCUCCUUGCGUGCUCUGUACAUCGUAGGCCGCGUUCGUCACGGAGAGCUCGAGGACGCCCGCAAGAUCCUCCAGUUCCGACAAGAGGCCGGACACCCACUCCCCCGGUUCGGUAUCGACUGCAGCUCUGUGUUCGAGGAUGAAGCCGACGCCCUUCGGGAGUUCGUGGACGAUCUUGAUGUUGAAUAUUGCGACAGGCCGGGGUACGAGAGGUGGGCGGGUGCAGUGCCGAGGGGGGGCUGGCGCAGCCAUUCGGCGCGGGCGCGCUACCAGUGGCCUCGCUGGCCAGAGUUCUAG